GCAACAAGCAAUUUUCAGAAAAUUUCUGCUACCCAUUUCAUUUGACAGAGCAUAACACCAAAUGGCAAAUACAUUCCCAGAAUAUCAAAUUGCUGAAUUUCAGGAAGCUUUUUGCCUCAUCGACAAGGACUCUGAUGGAUUCAUUACUGUGGACGAAAUAGCAACUAUUAUCCGAUCAUUAGAUGGGAAUCCAACUAAAGAAGAAAUCCAAAAUAUGAUUAGUGAAGUCGACAUUGAUGGGAAUGGGAGUAUAGAUUUUGAAGAGUUCUUGAAUAUUAUGGCUUUAAAAAUGAAGGAAAAUCUAGCUGAGGAACUGAAAGAAGCAUUCAAAGUAUUUGACAGAGAUCAAAAUGGAUACAUAUCAGCCGUUGAGCUAAGACAAGUGAUGAUGAAUUUGGGGGAAAGGAUAACAGAUGAAGAGGCUGAACAAAUGAUCAGAGAAGCAGAUUUGGAUGGGGAUGGUCAAGUUAGCUAUGAAGAAUUUACAAGGAUAAUGAUUUUGAAAUGA